CUACCAGCGUUGAUGAAAAUAGCCAUUGCAGCUUUCAAACCAUAGGGCACUCUUAAUUUUUCAGUUUCACUCCUAUCAUCAUGACUUUGAGCAGCGCCGCGGCAGGGCUGGCUGCUGUCGAGUCCAGUCGCUGGCUGCCCGUCCGCGGCUGGAUGCUUCUUGCCAUCUUCAUUGGCUUACCCGCCAUGAUGCCCUCGGCCUCGCAGGAGCUCUUCGAACUCAGACUCCUUGUGCUGUAUGCUAUCGGGUUGGUGAUUGUCGGAACGCACGCGGCAGCAACGUGCGUCAUUACCGCGCUCAACAAGCCUCGCCCAGUGGAGGCUCAGCUGCUGAGACUGAUCGACGUGCUCAAAGCCCAGAACAAGCAGCUGCACUUUGAUGCACCCGCUGGGUCCACCUCGCUCUUCCCACAAGCCGCAAAACCCAUUCCCGCAAUGCUGGAACACGCAUCAAGUACGGCUGUUGCCGCCCCAGGCUCGCCCUCUCUCAGGGUGGCAGCACAAAAUGCGAGCCGCGGGUCAGUCGCGGUGCCUUCUUCAGCCACCAUCAAGGAUUUGCGCUUGUUUGGCAGUGAUUGGCGCGACUAUCUCGUUGGCCCAUCGGUCUCCAACCCGGCGGACGAAUCCGCUGCAGCUCUGCAACAGCCGUCCAUUUCUGAGAAGCCUCGACAGGAUGGGGCACCUCAAAUCGCGGAUAGUGAUAGUGCGUCCACCUCGUCUGUCGACGCCGAUCCCCUCUCAACCGACGAGCACAACAGCAGCGGGGGCGAGACAGACACCAUCACCGUUUCGCCACAAACUGCGUCGCGCCGGCGUAGGUCUGCUUUCCGGCAGCCCGACCUUGGACUUAAUCAACACGUUCAACAGCAGCAACCAAUGCAGCAACAACAACCAACCACACAACAACAGCAGCAACAACAACUCGCCUCUUCAUCCCAAACAGGUGCUCGCCGUGCAACGAACAGCACACGCACAGGUCGAUCAUCAACGACUUUGACAGCACCAGAAGCAGGAAAAGUCGCAAACAAUACGGAUGACAACAUCCGAGCAUUAUUGGCAACCAUUCCUGUGUCGCAAGUACACAGCGCCGAUCCGAGUCGACCCUUCCGUUCCCUCGAGUUUGCCGAGCAGGUCAAGCUCGACGCCAUGUGUGCCGGAAACUAUACGCGUGCCACCGAGGAUAUCUCGCACGACCGAGAGUGGAAGCUGGUGCACACAGAAGGAGUGAUGAAUGUCUACCGCAAGGAAAUUGUCGACGGCGAACGCAUUCUCGAUCUCCUCAAGGCCUAUCACACUGUGGAAGGCGUUGCUGCAGGAGAAGUUGCGCGGAACUUUUGGUCGUUCGAUUCGCGGCUGGAAUGGGAAGCUACUGUCGAUAGCGCUCAUGCCCUCGCCAUUCCCGACGACACUACGAUCGUCAUUCAUAGCGUUUUCAAGCGCGUGUGGCCAGCAACACAACGAGAAACGGUGAUUGUUGACCACAUCCGACCCAUCAGCGCGGCUCUCGCCUCUGAAUCGCCUGCGCAUGCUGGUCCCGGCUGGAUGGUUGUGUGUGUUUCCACGGAUCAUCCGAAAGCACCUAUUGUACCGAACGGACUGGUGCGUGCAACCUGCAACAUCACCAUGACGUGCCGGACGCGCAUCAAACCCGGCACGCCGAUGACAGGGCCCAUUCCGCGGUCGUGCAUUGCGACCGACAUUGUUUACAUGGCGAAUGUUGAUCCUGGCGGUUAUGUGCCGUCUUCUCUCACCCGCGCCGUCUCCAAGCGCGAGUAUCCCAAGUUCCUUCAUGCGUUCGAGCGCUACUGCCAAACCAAAAUUCAGAAUGCGCCGACUGUCGAUGCGCGCUUGCUUUGAAGCGAUGCCAUCUUUGAGAUAGCAACGCACUUGUUUAGACUCAGAUUUCAGUUAGGAUUUGUAUUUGUUACAAGACUAGCAAGCCUUCCCUUUGGUGUGGUGUGUAAAAAUUGGCUGCAAUACACAAACGGAUUUACCUAUUCGUUCUGAAUGCUGGUCCGACGAAGCAAA